AUGGCAGCACGUGCAGCAAAUAACAACCGGGAGCCACAGCCGCCGUUGCCGCCGACGCAGCCGCAUCCACCACCGCCGCCGACGCAGCCUCAUCCACCACGGCCGCCGACGCAGCCGCAUCCACCACCGCCACCGACGCAACCACCGACACCGCCGUCAGCACCACCGACGCCGCCGCCACGACGCACGCCGACACCACCACCCCAGGAUAAGGAGGGGCGCCGGUGCGAGCGGCAGCAGGCCUGGGAUGUGGACCAGGCACACGUUGCGCAGACCCUCCGCACAAUCGGGAUGGGCGGACGUGGCCUGCACCAGCGGAAGCGGAGGCCCGCGUGGGGAGGAGGUUGGGUGGAGGACGGAGCCGGACGACGAAAGCCCGACGGAGAACCCGGAGAAGGGUCCGUGGGUGUGGCCCGCGCCACCACCACCGAAGAUCGCGUGGCAGGAAUCUUGCCCAGAAGCUCGCCAGCCGCCACAGCGACCGUGGAGGGAGCUGGAGCGAAAGGAGUGGCCACACCGGGUGGUCGAAGAGGCCGAGCUGCAGGCGGGCAGACGGCACAAGGACCGCUGGGCGAAGUUGCUCGAGCUGGGCGGCCAGCGGUUCCGCCUAACGGUUCGGCGCGGAAUCACUUGAGCUCGCUUUUGACGCUGGUGACCUGUGAUUCCAAUUCCGAAGCGAAGUCGCCCGUAUUUGGGAUGCCUUUCGUUGACGUGAUCUUCCUCCACAUGAGAUAA